AUGGACGACAAGUCAUUCACUAAGGAGUUGGAUGGGUGGAUUGAGCAACUCGGCGAAUGCAAGCAGCUCUCGGAAAACCAAGUCAAAGCCCUUUGCGAGAAGGUAAUUGUAACCCAUUUCAUUCGAAUGAUCUUGUAAGCCCGUAACUAAGCUAGUUUGCCGGCUAGCAUUAGCUAACUGUUAAACAACUAUCUUAAAUUGCUCAUUGGUCUGAACACGGUUAAUUUCUCCAACGACGUUUGUAUGCUACUGCUAGUUAGUUAUCACUAGCUAACUAGCUAACUACAUUAUUCUGAAAAUGGCGGCGGAGCUGCCUAUUGCCAUUGCAUUCACUGUGGAGUUGGCAGACAUGCAUUGACUGAGUACUGUAGUUUACUUGUAGGAUGUAAGGAGCAUUGAUGUUGUAUUUUUAUAUGAAUGUGUUUGGACAUUUCAGUUUGAUAUCCUUGCUGAUCUUACUCUCUGUUCUUGCUUGUUGCAGUUGCCCCUUGGGUAUCAACUACUGUAUAUAGUUACAGCUUAAAAAUAUGCAUCAUAUGCAUUUUGUAAAUACUCAAACAAGAAAUAACAUACACACACCCGAACUUGUGCUCUGUAUCCCGGAUUUCCCCCAUCCUCUGACUAAAGCCCUAACCCCAAACUCCUCUCCUCCUUUCCAGGCCAAAGAGAUCCUGACGAAGGAGUCUAAUGUGCAGGAGGUGAGAUGUCCGGUCACUGUGUGCGGAGAUGUCCACGGUCAGUUCCAUGACUUGGUAGAGCUGUUUAAAAUCGGAGGGAAGUCUCCGGACACCAACUACCUCUUCAUGGGAGACUACGUGGACAGGGGCUACUACUCUGUAGAGACUGUCAGCCUCCUGGUAUCUCUCAAGGUAAACAUAGCCAAAUGUUUUAGAGCAGGGAUGGGCAAUUUUAAUGGGUUUGAAUCCAAAUUCAUCAUGAGGGGCUGCAGUGGCCUUGCCUGACGACUCAAAUGGAAUUCUUCCGCUGCUCUAAAGUUCGCUACAUACUUCAGUCUGAGACUGCCGUCAUUGAAGUUGUUUGUGGUGACAUCAAAAUGAGAAGUAUUGUACAAAACAAAGUAAUCAGCGAUUGGAUCAUCUCUAACCAAUUCGAGUAGCAAAACCAAUGAUACAUUUUCAAACCUCCACUUUACCCACUUGUGUUCUGGCUCUGGCCCAACCCAUCCGUUUCUGGGACCAAUCAGAACAGUUAGAAUGUUUUUCCGUUCUAGAAUUCGUUGUGGAGGUACUCGGAUCCAGACCCAUUGCAGAGGAAAACGCGCAUCCGUGGGCGUGGCGUAGCGUUUGGGUAGCCAGGCAAGCAGUGUCUUGCAGCUCUGCAUACCCACAUCCAUACCCACAUCCAUACCCACAUCCAUACCCACACAUGUAGUCAGAGCCGACCCUAGCCUUUUGGAGGCCCUAAGUAACAUUUUGUUUGAUAUAGAUUUUAUGGAGGGGGGUGGAUUGAAACGCGGGCCUACAAAAUACCCUCGGUCCGCCAGCUGCCCAUCCCUGUUUUAGAGUACACUCUGAAAUAGCUUUGGCCGAUUCCUCUCUGAUAUUGCCUAGUUUUUCCACAGGGAAAAACCACAACGAGGUUAAAACUCAAAACGGGUAGAGGAGGACAGUAAGUCUACAGGGAGGACAGGACAGCCUUCUGAUAUAACACAGGAUAAGAUUUACUGCUGCUACUGUAAAUGUCAUCGUCAACCUUAAACCAUGUCUGGUUUGACGUGAGAACAGAAGGUGCAGUCACCUGAUUGUAAUGUGUGUUGUUAUGCGCUUGUUGUCCCACCCAGAGAUGUGUUCAUCAUUUUGUUUUGUUUUUCAGGUUAGGUACCGUGAGCGAAUCACAAUCCUUCGAGGGAACCACGAGAGCAGACAGAUCACCCAGGUGUACGGCUUCUACGACGAGUGUUUAAGGAAAUACGGAAACGCCAACGUCUGGAAGUACUUCACAGACUUAUUUGACUAUCUGCCCCUCACUGCCCUGGUAGAUAACCAGGUGAGAUAUUAGUUGUUAAAGGUGCAUUAUGCAGAAAUUUCCUGGUUGCUAAAAUUCUAAUAGUUUAUUUGACAAAACAAGCAGUCAUUGUGUAGAGAAUCAUUGUUCCAUCUAAACCACUGUGAAAUAUAUUUUCCAUAACCAAAAAUAUUGUAUUUUCAGCUGUUUGAAGCCGAAAAUAAAAGACGCAAAAGCUAAACUUAAGAACAGGAAGCAUAGAAAUAGUGCACAUAGAACAGAUCUACCGCUUCUUAGACUCUGUGAAUUUGGUCAGGUCGCCCAAAAAGUUACAUAUUGCAGCUUUAAUGUAUCACUUUAAUUUAUUUAUUAGUGGAAGCGUUACAUAAGUGUCUUUGUUUGGGUCCUUGAAGAGCGCUAUAUAAAACUAAUGUAUUAUUAGUAUCACUUAUGAAAGAGAGAGGAGAUUCAGCAAUACUUGGGAGGACACUGGAAUUCAAUAAAAAAAAGCUUUUUAUUGCUAAAAGUAGAACCAACGCUUUUGACCAUCAAAACCACUAUGAAGGCCAAAAGCCGAAACACGUUGGUUCUACUUUUAGCAAUAAAUAAGCUUUUAAAUUUUUUUUAAAUUCCAUUAUCCUCCCAAGUGUUGCUGAAUAUCCUCUCUCCUUCAGUUUGUCCUCAAUUCAUGCACCUUGGUUGGAAAGAGAGGUAGCGGCAGUGAUCCCUUCCCUUAUGAGUAUUGUUAUUAAAAAACCAUGCAAUUCAGCAGCAAUGUGCUGUAGAGUACAGGUCUUAAAAGUAAUUGAUUUGGACAUUUACAACACAAUGUUCAUAUGCAUCUGUUACUGAUGUUUUUAUAGCAAUAACACAAUGUCAGAUGGAAAUGUAAAGCCUAAAUGAUUGAUUUUUGUUCUAACCAUCACAUAUUUUAGAUGGAAAUGUCUAAUGGACUUGUCGUUCCUCUGCAGAUCUUCUGUCUCCACGGUGGGUUGUCCCCCUCAAUAGACACACUGGAACACAUCCGAGCGCUGGAUCGCUUACAGGAGGUUCCUCAUGAGGUCAGCGCACUUCCACGUGCCUAGAAACCACGUCCAAUCUCCAUACUACCGUGCCAGUUAGAAUGCAUGCCCAAUGUGUCGUUUCAUAGUAUUGACUUAAACCUCUUGGCCCCCCUUGGGAGCGUAGGGUGUCAACCAUGGCUCUCCACCUCACUCACUUCUGUGUGAGGGCUUUUGCCUCUAGCCAAGAGAUGCCUGCUUUCUUCAGUUCCUGUAGAGUGGAGCGUCUCCAGUGGUUUAGCGUUUCAUAGAAUGCUAGUGUGGAUAUUGAACCAAUGGAGUCUGUAAGCCCUGACAUUGUAUAUCAGCUAGUUAAUCGGUUCCAUGGAUUUCUGGCCAACCAGUCACUACUCAUCUCACAGUUGUAAUAUGUGCGCACACACAAUGCCUUCGAUCACAUCAUGUGGUGACGCUCCAAGUGUUGCAGCCUGACCUCACCAAUAUGGCCACCUUAUUCACAUCAUGUGGUGUUCACAGUAUUGUUGACCUUACUAAAAUGGCCACCGUCUCCCUCCCUCCCUCCUCCAGGGUCCGAUGUGUGACCUGCUGUGGUCAGACCCUGAUGACCGUGGUGGCUGGGGCAUCUCUCCCCGCGGUGCCGGCUACACCUUUGGACAGGACAUCUCAGAGACCUUCAACCAUGCUAACGGACUCACCCUGGUCUCCAGAGCUCACCAGCUGGUCAUGGAGGUACAUUGGGACAUUUCACCCUCUAAGGACUUAUUAAAUGCACAUUUAAAAUGUACACCAGUUAGCCUGAUGAAGAUGGGCCGUGGUUGAGUCAUUGCUACGUUGAAACUGAGUCUGAGGGCAGAAAACAGCGUGCAGGUAUUCUCAUGUUUCUUCAUAAUGAAAUGUGCCAAUAUGCACAAUCCCUUCAGUGCAGGGUGAUUUAUCAAGCCUCGCAUUCACCAAGAUCCACAGCAUAUAACUGUGUUUUGACUAGCCUUGUCCCAAGAUGUCUAUCCUUUUUUCUAAAAUACUGAAAAUUAUAUAAUCUUUGACCAAAAUGUAGACAUUGUCCUGUUUGCAUGAUGUAAUGAUCGUUUUGCACUUUGUGUCUUGUUCCUAGAUUUACUGAAUGUUUGUUUUUUGACAGGGUUAUAACUGGUGCCAUGACCGUAAUGUAGUGACCAUCUUCAGUGCACCCAAUUACUGCUAUCGCUGUGGAAACCAGGCCGCCAUCAUGGAGCUGGAUGACACGCUCAAGUACUCCUUGUAAGUAUUCACUUCAAAAUGUGUUUACUAAAAAAUAAAUCCACUUGUGAAUAAAAUUGGAAAUUGUUACGAGUAGAUAAGAAAAGGAAGCUUGCUAACUUAUUUAUCUUGAUUCAUGAAAUAAAACGAACCCUCCUAUUAGAUCUAAAAAUCGCUCAAAAGCAUCAUAUCAGAUAUAAAUGUGACUGUCUUUUUGUUUCUGGUCCAGCCUUCAGUUCGACCCCGCCCCUCGCAGAGGAGAGCCCCAUGUGACCCGCCGCACUCCUGACUACUUCCUGUAAAAGAUCCCACUUCCUGUAAAGCAUUGCUGUCGAAUCUUCUUAGUCAAGAAGGUGGGAAAAGGGAGCGACCCACCAUCGGUAUAGAGUUGUGACAAAUUUAAGCAUCCAUCUAUCCAUGGACCAAAAUGUGUGCCAUCAUUACCAAUGCAAAAGGAGAAAAAAAUGUCACAUUCAUCUUUAAAGAAGACCACACAACCUACACCCACCACAGUCCCGUUCCUACUCUCUGUGCAUGACGUUGUAUUUAUAUCUCUGAAAAUGAUUCUUCAUGAUAAAGAUUACAGUGGCUGUGUAGUGCACUAUAUAGGGAUAGGGUGCCAUUUUGGAAGGAGACAGUCUCUCAGUACCUGCUGGUUUUGUCAGGAAAAAUAUCUGCUUUGAAUGAAUUAAUCUGCUGAGAUUAAUUCUUAAAUAUAACUGUUGUGUUAGGACCGUAAUUAUGAAAUAGAUAGGUUCGCCUGAACUCGGCAUGGCCUCUAACUGGAAGAUUGCGGUAAACAUGAUAUGUUGUGGGGGGGGGGAAAAUUGAGCAGAAAUUCUAUGGCUUUUUUUGUGUGAUUUGAAAUCAUUGUUUUUCAGGGUUGGUUGGGCAUUGGAUGGAAUUGAAUUCUUCUUUCUCUUUGCACUUUUGUAUUUAAUUUUUAUCACAUGACCCUGACAAACUACAGCAUUCUGUUUU